UCUUUGCCGAGGAAAUGCACCCUCCAUGUCAGCACAGGACUUCUCUUUCCCUCUGGCUUCUACUGACCAGAUGUUGACUUCCCACACCCAUUAUAAUUUCAGUACUCUGGAUGUUGUUCUUUGUUUUCUUAGUUUACUUUUCCGACGCCUAAGCCUCAUUCCGGUCUCUUCUGCUUCAAACUCCUAUCCCGCCUACCCAGAGGCAGACUAGCAUUUCUAGGAGCUCAGACCCUAGCCUUUCUCACCUUUUCCCUCUACCAGGACCGUUGUUGUCUUCGCACCCCUUCCAGUAGCCCCCUCAUCAGAGGAGCAGUCACUCUUUGCAUUUCAAACAGCAGGCGCAACUCCUCUUGAAUGCCUCUCUCCGACCCCCGCCCCAGCUACUGAAAAAGGAAACAUGCGCACUUCAGAGCUAGGAGCUGUCCGAGUGCUGAAAUUUAUAGGCUGGGAAACUAGGUUCCUGCCAGAUUUUGAAUCUGGACAAUAAAUAGACACUUUGUCCUAGUCUUCUUUCUGGAAUCAUUUCGGGAUAUUUUCCACAAGCAUCAGAGAAACAGGAAUGAACCGGCAGCUAGUGAACAUUUUGACAGCCUUGUUUGCAUUUUUCUUAGGGACAAACCACUUCAGGGAAGCAUUCUGCAAAGACCAUGACUCCAGGUCUGGGAAACAUCCCUCACAGACCCUAUCUCCAUCAGACUUCUUGGACAAAUUAAUGGGAAGGACAUCAGGAUAUGAUGCAAGAAUCAGGCCAAAUUUUAAAGGUCCUCCAGUAAACGUUACUUGCAAUAUUUUUAUCAACAGUUUUGGAUCAGUCACAGAAACCACCAUGGACUAUCGAGUGAAUAUUUUUCUGAGACAACAGUGGAAUGAUUCACGGCUGGCAUACAGUGAGUACCCAGAUGAUUCCCUGGAUUUGGAUCCAUCUAUGUUGGAUUCCAUUUGGAAACCAGAUUUGUUCUUUGCCAAUGAGAAAGGUGCCAAUUUCCAUGAUGUCACCACUGAUAACAAGUUGCUGCGGAUUUCCAAAAAUGGCAAAGUGCUCUACAGUAUCAGGCUCACCUUGACUUUAUCUUGUCCCAUGGACUUAAAGAACUUUCCAAUGGAUGUUCAGACCUGUACAAUGCAGCUGGAGAGUUUUGGUUACACCAUGAAUGACCUGAUAUUCGAAUGGUUAAGUGAUGGUCCAGUACAAGUUGCUGAAGGACUCACUCUGCCCCAGUUUAUUUUGAAAGAAGAGAAGGAGCUUGGCUACUGCACAAAACACUACAACACUGGCAAGUUUACCUGCAUUGAGGUCAAGUUUCACCUAGAACGCCAGAUGGGCUAUUAUUUGAUCCAGAUGUACAUCCCCAGUCUAUUGAUAGUCAUUUUGUCCUGGGUCUCCUUUUGGAUAAACAUGGAUGCAGCCCCUGCCAGGGUUGCCCUUGGCAUCACAACCGUUCUGACAAUGACUACACAGAGUUCAGGUUCCAGGGCAUCUCUGCCAAAGGUCUCCUAUGUGAAGGCAAUUGACAUCUGGAUGGCGGUGUGCCUUCUGUUUGUGUUUGCUGCCUUACUGGAAUAUGCAGCAGUGAACUUUGUCUCCAGGCAACAUAAGGAGUUCCUUCGUCUGCGGAGACGACAGAAAAGGCAAAAUAAGGAAGAAGAUGUUACUCGUGAAAGUCGUUUUAACUUCAGUGGUUAUGGGAUGGGUCACUGCCUCCAAGUGAAAGAUGGCACAGCUGUCAAGGCUACACCUGCCAACCCACUUCCACAACCCCCAAAAGAUGCAGAUGCCAUCAAGAAGAAGUUUGUAGAUCGGGCAAAAAGGAUUGACACCAUAUCUCGAGCUGCCUUCCCACUGGCCUUCCUCAUUUUCAACAUCUUUUAUUGGAUCACAUACAAGAUCAUUCGGCAUGAAGAUGUCCACAAGAAAUAGAUAUUCCCUAUUAACCCUAGGACCUUCUUGCCUAAGUGUUGUGCUUGUAAAUACACAGUAAUACUGUCUUUAUAUCACUUUGACAGAGAAGAACAUUGAGGGAGGGGGAGGGAGAUCAUGAGGGUGGGGUUUGUGGCACCUACAUGAAAAAAAGACAAGUUCUAUGGGCAAUGAAGAAAACUGCACAAAAUAAAGGUGUUGCAGAAUCACAUGAGCAUAACUCCCAUUCAUAGUCUUUAGCAUUGUUCUUUCAGAUGACACAUCACUCAGACAUGAUGUGCAAAGUCAAGUUCUCGAGGGCUGAUUAGCUUAUUGUUUGAUUUGGUUUUGAUGAAUUCUGGUACUGAAAAGUUAGUUUAAUGCGCACGCACACACACACACACACACACACACACACACACACACACACACACAUACACACACUGAAAAAAUGCUUACCAUCUGACCAUAGUGAAUAGUCUAUAGUAAAUUGAGGACCAAACUUUUUCAGGAAAAUACUGCCUCGUUUUUAAAACAAGCCUCCUGAGCUAUGAUCUUUACAAUGUCUAUAAUUAGUUCACCCAAGAAUUACUUUUGUGGGUUGAAAAUUCUUUCUACUUAUCCAGAAAAUGACAACAAAAUAAACACAAAUGACAAAGAACAGAUUUCUACUCAAAUGUCUGUGUAGGUGUGCACUUUGAUAUUAUUUUUCUUUCCUACAUGUAAAUUGGGGGUUUCAUUGUGUAUUGUGUAAUUGACUUACCAGUAUAUCAUCUUUAAAAAGUGCUCAUUUUAUUUUAGAUCGAGUUAGCCUACUAUGUAUAUUUUUUCACUUUGGCUAUAUUUAUGUGUGACUUUAAGUGCCCAAGCGUAACUUAGCUAUUGCAGCUGCUCAGCCACAGUAUUUAUGAAGGUGGUGUGUUCGGAAUGGUGUAGCUCAGAUUAGCUUGAACUUCCCGUUUCUGCUCUUAUUGUAGCUGUAACUACUGUCCUAAUGUUGACUGCCCUGUAAUUUCUACUUUCAAUCCAAGUGAAUAUCGUUUUAAAUAUCCUUGAUUAACUUAAAAAAAUUAAAACUGUACUGUGAUUUUCAUAACCCGUUGCCUUUUUGGUACCAGAGCUACGUGGUUUGAAUCCUGGCUACAUGUUUUAAGUAAGAAAAAAAAGAUGUAUUUUUGCUUACUCAACAGACAACCUGUAAAAAUAUAUGGGAAUAAUUACAUUUUACAUGUGCUGUAAAAGGGAUUAUUUUAAAAAAGCAUUGUUCAAUUUCAAUAAAGGUAAGUGUGCCACUAA